AUGCCCGCCGUCGAUAAACUCCUACUGGAAGAGGCUUUGCAGGACAGCCCGCAGACUCGGUCUCUGCUCAGCGUAUUUGAAGAAGAUGCAGGAACCCUUACUGAUUAUACAAACCAGUUGCUUCAGGCAAUGCAACGAGUCUAUGGUGCUCAGAAUGAAAUGUGUCUUGCCACACAACAGCUUUCAAAGCAGCUCCUUGCCUAUGAAAAGCAGCAUUUUGCCUUAGGUAAAGGAGAUGAAGAAGUGAUAUCCACCCUUCAUUACUUUUCAAAAGUUGUGGAUGAGCUCAAUAUUCUUCAUUCUGAACUGGCAAAACAGUUUGCAGACACAAUGGUUCUACCAAUAAUACAGUUUCGGGAGAAGGAUCUCACAGAAGUAAGCACACUGAAGGAUCUUUUUGGCCUUGCUAGCAAUGGUAUGUUUGUCAAACAUGACGUGUCCAUGGCAAAGUAUAGCAGGUUACCGAAAAGGAAAGAAAAUGAAAAGCUUAAGGCAGAAGUGGCAAAAGAAGUGGCAAAUGCAAGAAGAAAGCAGCACCUUUCAUCUCUGCAGUAUUACUGUGCCCUGAAUGCUCUGCAGUACAGGAAGAGAGUGGCAAUGAUGGAACCUAUGCUCGGAUAUACACGAGGACAGAUCAAUUUUUUUAAGAAAGGAGCAGAGAUGUUUUCCAAAAGAAUGGACAGCUUUUUAUCAUCUGUUUCAGACAUGGUUCAAAGCAUACAGGGAGAGCUGGACACUGAAGCUGAAAAAAUGAGGAUAUCCCAACAGGACUUAACUGCAGUUAAUGAAUCUGUUUACACCCCAGAUUCUGAUGUAACUUCACCUGCUAUCAAUAGAAAUCUCAUCCAGAAGGCUGGCUAUCUUAAUCUUAGAAAUAAAACUGGUCUGGUGACAACAACUUGGGAAAGACUGUAUUUCUUCACUCAAGGUGGCAACUUGAUGUGUCAGCCAAGGGGAGCAGUAGCUGGAGGAUUGAUUCAGGACCUGGACAAUUGCUCUGUUAUGGCUGUAGACUGUGAAGACAGAAGAUACUGCUUUCAGAUCACUACUCCUACAGGCAAAGCGGGUAUAACCCUUCAAGCAGAAAGCAAGAAAGAAUAUGAGGAGUGGAUAUGUGCCAUCAACAACAUCUCCAGACAGAUAUAUCUCACUGACAAUCCAGAGGCAGCUGCAAUCAAGCUAAAUCAGACAGCCCUACAAGCAGUUACUCCCAUUACCAGUCUUGGGAAAAAACAUGAAGUUCACCAACCCAGCCAGAAUGUAAAGAAUAUGGAAAAUAACAAAAUAAUUCCUACUGAAUCAGCCAGCAUUCAGGACUUUACACAACUCAUUGCUCCUGGAACACCGAUUCAAUUUGACAUUGUACUGCCUGCCACAGAAUUCCUGGACCAGAACAGAGGUGGCAGGCGUGCAAACCCAUUUGGGGAAACUGAAGACAGCAGCAAAGAUGAGGAGGAAGAUUCGCUCUUGCAGCAGAUGUUCAUAGUUCGGUUUUUAGGAUCUAUGGCUGUUCAGACUGAUGACACAAGCGAGGUGAUUUACGAAGCUAUGAGACAAGUGUUAGCUGCUCGUGCCAUUCACAACAUAUUCCGUAUGACUGAAUCUCAUCUCAUGGUCACCAGCAAGAACUUGAGGUUAAUAGAUCCUCAAACCCAAGUCAUACGAACAAGUUUUGAACUUGCCACUGUGACACAGUUUGCUGCUCAUCAGGAGAACAGGCGACUGAUUGGCUUUGUGGUCCAUCUCAGAGAGACCCCAGGAGAAGACUCCAUGAGUGCCUAUGUGUUUGAGAGCAACACAGAAGGGGAAAAGAUUUGCUAUGCCAUUAGCUUGGGAAAGGAAAUCCUUGAGGCACAGAAGGACCCAGAAGCAUUGGCCCAGCUAAUGAAGUCUGUGCCAUUCACAAAUGAUGGAAAGUUCGUGCUGCUGAACGAUCAGUUGGAAGAGGAUGGAACCAUACACGAAGGGGAGGAGUCAGAAGCAUAAAACCUGCAGACUGUGCAGGAGCAGGAGGGCAUCAUUUUGCAAAGAUGUCUGGUUUUCUGUCACCUGCACACACAGGAGGCCAGAUUCUCAGUCUG